AUGGCAGAGUGUCUUUUCAAACAGAGUCCAAAUAUCAGCAUUAACCCAUCAAACCAAACAGUCAAGAUGAGUUCUUUGAGUUUUACCAUUUCCCUCCAUGGCCUUUUCUCUUCCAUCGGCAUCAUAGAAAACCUCCUCAUCCUCGGAGUAGUGGGCGUCCAUGUCCGCCGCUCUGUCAUCAGUGUCUGGAUUCUGAACCUCGCAGCCUCUGACCUGCUGGCCACCGCUACCUUGCCCUUCUUCACCCUCUACAUGGCAUGCGGCGACACCUGGAGGUUAGGCACGACCUUCUGCCGCAUCCAUUCCUCCAUCUUCAUUCUCAACAUGUUUGUCAGUGGCUUCCUGCUGGCAGCCAUUUCUAUGGACCGCUGCCUGGUGGUGAUGAGACCUGUCUGGGCACAGAACCACAGGAACAUCCAACUAGUGGGGAAGGUAUGUGGGGUGAUUUGGGCCUUGGCUGUGGUCUGCACUGUCCCAUUCUACAUAUUCCGUGACACCAUUACCCUACCCAGCGGAAAGAUUCUCUGUUACUACAGUUACGCCGAUUCCCCUAGUGAGCCGUAUGACCUGGAAGCUUUAUGUAAGCAUCGCAAGGAGGCCUUGGCCUUCAUGAAGCUCUUCCUUGCCUUCCUGAUCCCUCUACUUAUCAUCAUCCUCAGCUACGGUGCCGUGAAUGCCAGCUUGUCGCGCAGAGGCUGCCGACCCUUUUCGUUUGUUCGGCUCGUAGUGGCCGUGGUGGUGAGCUUUGUACUCUGCUGGGCUCCGUACCACUUCUUAUUUGUCAUGGAGGUGAUGGCUCCCAGUGAGCAUCCUGUGCAGGAAUUUGCAAGCAAGGCCCUCCCAGUCGCAGCAACCUUGGGCUUCCUUAACAGUGUCCUCAACCCCAUUCUGUAUGUGUUCAGCUGCCCGGACCUGUGUAGUAAGAUUAGACAUUCUCUGGGUGCGGUGAUGGAGAGUGUUCUGACCGAGGACCUGGCAGAGCUGGCCAGGCGCCGCAGCACUGCUCGCAGCUCCAUCGGCACCACAGAGAUUAUGAUGAAGCACAAAGAUUCCAUUACAACCGUGAGACCUCUGAAAACAGAGGAGCAGGAGCAGGAAGAAAGUAUCGUUGACUCUACUCAUAAGUGA